UAUGGCGGUAAGAGUGAGUGAUUUACCAUCCCCUUCAGAAUGUGCUAUAAUCCGGGAGGUUUACGAUGGUGAAAAUGCCCAAGAACAUUUUGAAUUUCAACUUGAGCAUGCCUUGGAAGCUGAAUGUGGUAUCAUAGUGAUUGAACCAUCCAAGAUUGGAGAUGAAACAGCAAGAUGGAUUACUGUAGGAAAUUGUCUACAUAAGACAGCAGUUAUUACUGGUGUAACAUGUAUAGUGUGCCCUCUAAUGUUGCCCUGUAGUGUGUCAAACUAUGUUAGUCUACCUCUAGGCAUUAUCAGCAUUGGAUGUGCAAGUCUGUAUGGAGUAUCCUGGCAGUUUGAUCCCUGUUGUAAAUACCAAGUGGAGUAUAACACUAAGAAGCUGUCACGUUUACCUCUGCAUACGCUGACAUCAACUUCACCAGUGGUACUUGUUAGACGUAAUGACAAUUACAGGAAAAGACUUCAUAACACAAUAUCGUUUUUAGCAGCCACAUAUUGUUGUUUCAAACUCUACCGAUGGUGGGCACAGUGAUUGAUACUAAUGUAAUUCACUCAUCAGCACGACAUUUACAAUUAAGUGUCCAACUAUGCUGUUUGUUGAAAUUUUCUCUAUUGCAUGCAUUGCCAGUGUCUACUGCAUGAACAGUGUGAAUGAACUGUAAACUUAUGCAGAAAUAAAAAAAAAUGUGCUUCUUUGAGUAAAGAAACCAGGGAACUUUCUAAAACAUUGUGUUUUCUGAAGUUACUGUGAACUAGAGCCCCUCUAUUACUGUCCUUUUAUGAUAAAUUCAUUUUUCACAAUUUUAGGAUUUAAUGGCUUUCAUGAGGAAAUCAUUUUGCAAAAGUUGGGUCACUCUUCAAGAUAUCAGAGAAAUUUUCACUGUUAAAAUGUUACUAUUUUCUUGUGUGGAUUAAAGUGUUUACAGUAUUACAACAUCAAAAGUUCAAUGUAGAAUAAAAAACUUAAUUCCUUCAGAGCCAACCCCCCCCCCCCCCCCCAUGAAAUUUAAUUGAUAAAUAUUGAUCAUGGCGUCAGACUACAUUCACCAUUAAAUACAAAUUGAUAAUCGGACAGUAGUAUGGCAUAGCAGUUGGUUGUCUACUUCCAUGCCCUGAAAUUGACUUCAUUUCACGCACAUAUUUACACUCGGACCAAACCAUUUUCUCGUCUUGGAGGAUGUUUUUUUUUCAUUUUCUAUUAUUUUUGUCAAUGAUUUGAUAGAGAAAAAAACGAACUACAAAUUCUCCAAGAUUUUUUUGACUUCAUUAAAAAAUAUAAUCGUUUUUAUAGGAUGGAAACUUUUUGAGGUCACCCCACCCCCACCCCUAAACUAAAGCAAAUAAGUUUUUUAUCCGACAUCGAACUUUUGACUAGUGGACUUGUGUUGUACUACUACAGGUUGUUCACAAUUUCAAAAUAUGGUGAACCAACUGAUUUCUUUUUAUUACGCCUGAAUAUUGUAUAACUUGUAAUUUUCUAUUUAUUGUUAGCAAAAUUACACUGACAUAUGUAUUCAGUGGAUUUAAAAUGGAUUUUUUAUUCUUAAUCUAUGUUGUUCAACUUCAUCCUUGGGGGUGGUGUUUGGAAGUGACUAUUGUAAGUGACAUUGUUUUCCACAAGUUAGGCCAGAAGCAAAUGAUAUAAAAGGGAUAAUCAAUUUAAUUACUGGAAUACGUUGUAAGUUACAAUUAAAGGCACCUAAGGGUUCUUGAGAUAUUGGUGGAAUGAGAUUUGACACCCAUUAUGCACAGAAGUCAGAAAGGUACUACUGUAUAAUACUUUUUCGCGAUGGGAUGAUUCAGUGAAAAUAGCCAAUAUACCCUUUUUCCUUUAUUUUACAUUCAAAUCAUCAAAAAUCAGUGAAAAUAAACUCCAAACAAAACAUCAUAGUCUUUUUCAGCGAAAAUUAAUCCCAGCUAAAAUAAAUGAUUUACAGUAA